GUGACGUCAUCGAGUGACGCUCGUUCACCGAUAGAAAAAAAAAAAACAAACAAGAAACCCGAGGAAGAGAAGUUGAAGCUUGGCCCAGGACUAGCCAUCGAUUCCACCUACCAAGCGUUUCUUCCUUCUGCCGUGCAUUUCUUUCUUGCACUCGACGUCGCGGGGACAGAAAUAGCCAGACCAGGCCAUGACGUCAGAGAAAGCCGAACAUGUGGCGGGUAUUGUCCUCCAGCCCUUAUGGAAGACACAGAAAAUAGAUUGGACUGUACGAAAGAACGUGUUUGAAAAAAGUACACUGAACUACAACAUUGGCUUACAGGACGACAGAGGUCUCAAGGGGAGGCAACCUUUCUCUUUUCGAAAUGACAUGCGCAAAGAGACCGCCUAUAUCAUUCACAAGGAGCUAACAGAUCGUACAAAAGACCGCCCAGCAAACCCUCCACGUUACCGCCCACCUUACAACCGGAAGCGAUGGAACAAUGACGUCACACGGAAAUUACCAACUCCACAGUGAUUUGUGUUUUGUUUUGGCUGAUGUGAUACAAAUGGGCGUGGCUUUAUUUUUUUUGCAUGUGAUCAAAUGGGGCGUGGUUUGAUUUAAAAAUGGUAAACAUUCUAUGACGUUUGACGUGUGAGCACGCGGGGUGGUGUAUGUGUAUGAUUUGUGCGGCGACCCCUGGAGAAGCAGAUCUCUGUGUGUGGGGGGACCUGUGUGUGGGGGUACCUGUGUGUGGGGGAGACUCAGGCCGUGCCAAGUGUGAGAGACCUCAUCGUCUGCUGCUGCAGACAUCAUCCAUUCAUUUGCAGCGCUGGCGUGUCCUUAAGGUGCCGUUCACACGACCGCUAAUAAACCCUGAACGCCAUUUUGUUUUGGCCAGGGUUUUAAGACAGUUUAGUCCAGUCUAAUUUCAUUGCCAGUUAGGAUCGAAAAUCAAUUUGAAAAAAAAAUAAAAUAAACAACAACACCUAAAUCUAUUUUAAUAUUUAUAAAUAAAAAAAUAUUUUUUAAAAAAGGUAAAUUUUGGGAUGAAAUUAUACAUUUAGGAAACGAAUAUCUCUUUUUUAAAUAACAGCUUCAUACCAGAAUAACAGUCACCUUAAUUAAUAUAGACGGUGUGUUCAUAACUAUCAUUUAGAUUUAUCUUUACACCCGGGUCAUGUUAACAUUGCGCUGUUUAAUUUACACAGCUGUUCGCUUUACAGCUACAACCAAUGUUUACAUGAUGCUGUCUACUUUACAUACACACCUACAGCCGUUGUGUACGGAAUUUUGUCUAUUUUACGUUUACACCUGUACGUAUAGUGUAUACACUCGGCUGUAGACUGAAUCAUUUCAUGGCAUAUGGUUCAAUAAACAUGCUAUAUCAACCAG